UUUUCGUACAAGACCUCCUGGCGUUACUAAAGCGUCCAUAUACAACGUCUCUCAUGCGCCCAUAUAUAUCUACAUAAGGAAGACUACAUACGAGGGGUUGAUGCGAAGCAACCUAGGUCUCGGGUAUUCGCGAGACAUAGGUGCGAGCCAGUUUUUCCGCGACAUGUGACCCUGGCACGCGUGUUCUGUUCAUUUACUAUUUCUCUCCUCUCCUCUCUUCUCGUUCUCUUCAUCCUACGAGGCUUCUCGUCGCCUCGACAUCACCAUUCACGCCCGCGACGCUCGUCGAUGCAGCGAUGCAUCUUUGCGUUCUCAUAUUUCAAAGACUCCAAUACUAACGUGAAUGAACCUCGAAUUUUUAAAAUCAUUGUGAAAUAUACAAUACACAAAAUCGUAUUCUAGAAUCAAUAAUAGAUCGGUCUGUAAAAACAAAGCCGUGUCACAUUUGUGCAAGUGGUCCACGUGUCUGGUGUCCUGACAGGGGUGAAAAGUUUGUGUUACUUUUAAGGACAAGAGGAAACCGGCCUGUUUGACAUAUUUAAGAUGAUGCUUCACGAGAACGGGAAGAACAAGGACGUCGAGGCUGUGGAUGUCGAGUUGAAACCAGUCAGACGCACCAGGUUCCAUGUGAAUCGGGUAGACAGUCUCGAAGGUCGAGCGAGCCUCCUCGGGGAACAAGAGACUCGGAAAUCCCUCAGGAACAUGACGAGGGAAGCUUUACCAAGACUUGAUAACUACAGGAACGUUUUGAGCAUUCAAGCUGCUCAUCGGCCCACUCUCGAUGAACUUCACGAGUCUACGCUUCUUAACAAGGGUUCAGGCUCUCACAGCCUCCCUCAGAGUAUCUCGAAGCAACCUACCACUGGGAUAAAAUUUGGAUGGAUUCAGGGUGUCCUUAUGAGAUGCCUACUCAAUAUCUGGGGCGUGAUGCUAUUCCUGAGACUCUCCUGGGUCGUAGCUCAAGCUGGCGUAGGAAUUAUCUCAGGAGAAGCCGUACUCUUGAUACUGACGACAACGGUUGUCACGACGAUAACGUCCUUGUCGAUGUCGGCUAUCAGUACAAACGGACUUAUAAAAGGAGGUGGUACCUACUACAUGAUCUCCAGAUCACUUGGACCAGAGUUUGGUGGAUCUAUUGGAUUGAUCUUCUCACUUGCAAAUGCCGUUGCUUGCGCUAUGUACGUUGUGGGAUUCUGCGAGAGUAUGGUUGACUGCCUGCAUUCAAAUGGGUUAUGUAUUACAAAUUGUGGCAAUACGGAUAUCCGGAUAAUAGGAUGCGUGACCAUCGUUUUACUCCUGAUGAUUGUCAUGGUGGGCAUGGAAUGGGAAGCUAAGGCUCAAUUUGGGCUCCUGGUGAUCCUCUUGGUAGCAAUUGGAGAUUUUAUCGUGGGGAGCUUCCUGGGACCUAAGAACGACGAGGAGAGAGCCAAGGGUUUCAUUGGCUACAAUGCUGCACUCUUUCGGGAAAAUUUUUAUCCGGAUUACAGGCUUAAGGAGGGUGUUGAACAUAAUUUCUUUUCCGUCCUGGCCAUCUUCUUCCCAGCCGCUACUGGUAUCCUGGCUGGUGCUAAUAUAUCUGGAGAUUUAAAGGAUCCCCAAACAGCCAUACCCAAGGGGACACUUUUGGCUAUACUGGUUACUACUUUGACUUAUAUCCUGAUGGCGUUCAUGGUGGGCGCCAGCGUCCUUCGCGACGCUUCUGGGAAUCUUCAGGAUUUACAAAAUCUAUUUAACGACUCACGAAUCUUCCAGUCUGUCGCUGAUAUCCGUAAUUAUACCAUACUCCAGGAAAAUGAUACUCAUGUUUCCUGGAACCAUACUGAACGAGCUUGGAGUAUAUAUGGUACCGAUUUUAACUGCUCGAGAAACUGCACCCACGGUAGCCACAACAAUUUCCAGGUUAUCGAACUCGUGUCUGCCUUUGGGCCAUUGAUCUAUGCUGGAUGCUUUGCUGCCACCCUGUCCAGUGCAUUGGCCUCUCUAGUUUCAGCCCCUAAAGUCUUCCAGGCUCUUUGUCUGGAUGAACUUUAUCCUGGGAUUAGGUGGUUCAGUGGAGAGAGGGGAAAGGAACCAAUCAGAGGAUACCUUCUGACCUUUGUCAUCGUCGUUGGUUUCAUCCUAAUGGCCAAGCUAAACGCCAUAGCACCACUAAUUUCCAAUUUUUUCUUGGCUGCCUAUACUCUGGUGAAUUUUAGUACAUUUCACGCAUCGUUAGUGAAGCCUAUCGGAUGGCGACCUACCUUCAAAUACUAUAACAUGUGGCUCAGUCUUGCCGGUGCCAUUCUCUGUGUGGCUGUCAUGUUUCUGAUCUCCUGGUGGACUGCGCUGAUCACACUCUCUACUGUACUCGCACUGUACCUCGUAGUCUCCUACAGAAAACCCGAUGUCAACUGGGGUUCUACUACGCAAGCUCAGACUUAUAACAAUGCCUUGACAGCUGUUCAACAGCUCGAUAAGGUUGAGGAACACGUGAAAAACUACAGACCUCAACUCCUGGUAUUGAGCGGUUCACCAAGUGCCAGAUCAUCCCUGAUCGAUUUCGCUCAUCACAUCACAAAGAAUCAAAGUCUUCUUAUUUGUGGUCACAUUGUUGAGACACCAUUGUCUAAUAAGAGCCGCUCCAGCAUGAUCGUCAAAUCUACAGCAUGGUUCCGCACGAACAAGAUCAAGGCUUUCUACUCGGUUAUCGACGGAACCAGUUUCCAAAACGGUGCAACGUCCUUACUUCAGACUUCCGGUUUUGGUAAAUUAAGGCCCAACAUUCUGCUCAUGGGCUACAAGCAAGACUGGGUGUCCUGUCCCUUAGAGAAAUUAAAUAUGUACUUUAAUGUGAUGCACAAGGCUCUGGAUAUGCACAUAGCAGUUGCUCUAUUGCGUGUCAGUGAAGGACUGGAUUACGGUGUUGCGAUGGGGGAAGCUGAAGAUCAACGUAAAAUAUCUGCAUCGGCCCUUCCGGCGAAUCAAAGCUUUUCGCAGCUUAGUCAAGCGAGCAGCGCCUCUGACAUCUCAAUGCCUGGCAGCCCAGAGCCCCGACGCUGGAGGGAAGUGAAUGACUGUCCUAAUCCACCUACGGAAGAACGUCGUGAGCAUAAGCAAAAUAUUGUAGCCAUUUCUAAAGACAUCCUGAACGCUAUGACAAAAUUUCAAAAGAAUCAGAAAAAGGGCACGAUAGACGUCUGGUGGUUGUACGACGACGGUGGUCUCACAUUGCUAUUACCGUAUAUCAUCAGCACGAGACGUAAUUGGUCCAGUAGUCGAUUACGAGUCUUUGCACUAGCCAAUAGGAAUUCAGAGCUCGAAUACGAACAACGAAGUAUGGCAAGUCUUCUGUCCAAAUUUCGAAUUGAUUACUCCGCCCUGAAGGUCAUCCCAGACGUAUCAAAACCCGCCCAGUCUACGACAAAGAGCUUCUUCGACUUGCUCAUAGCAGAUUUUCAGCAGCCACUAGAUCCGAACAAUCCUGAGGAUGUUCCUGUCAAAGAGUCAGAACUGAUUGCCAUGAAGGAAAAGACAAACAGACAUCUUCGACUGCGGGAGCUUCUCCUAGAAAAUUCAACGGAUGCGAAUCUCAUUGUCAUGACGUUGCCGAUGCCUAGGAAGGGUGCUGUCUCGGCGCCGCUUUACAUGGCAUGGCUAGAAGUUCUAACAAGGGACAUGCCACCGUUUCUCCUCGUGAGAGGCAAUCACACGUCCGUUCUGACGUUUUACUCUUAAAGUUCAUUUACUCUCUUAAAGAAUAGGAAGUUUCAAGUAAUCUAUUAAAAAUAUAACUUUUUUCUCUCGCCAACUACUCUCUGCUAUCCGUCAUCGUUUAAGAGAUGUGAAAUUAAGUGUAAUUCAUUCGUGAUUAUCGAUGACCCAAGUACCGCUGGGCUAGGUAGUACCAGGAUUUGCCAACCGAGUGACCCAGAUCUUCGACAAGUACCGCUACCCGGGCCAUUUCGAAUCUUAUUUCUAUGCACUACGUAGCACUGUCAGAGACCAUAUAUAAUAAUCGUGAUACAAUCUAAUCUUACAAACACGCCUAAUUCAAAUCGUAUUUAAUUUUGUAAUGUAUAGAAGAGUAUGCUCUAUUCAUCACUUCCAUUAUUUACUUAAGACAAUUAUUAUAUACAGUCGGUACAUGAGUUCAAUGUAUUUCUUUUGACAGUUCCCAAACAAUGCAUACCUUAGCAAAUCGUACAAUGCAGACCAUAAGAUCACGCAAUGCAACUGGCUAAAGUUUGGAUUGUUUAUGAACUGUCAUCAAAACACAUUGAAUUCGUGGACGGUCUAUAAGUCUCUGUAGUUUAUACUUAUGUAUGUCUUGGGUCCCUUUGAAGCAAUACCUGUCGUUCCGUACCUUUCCCUUAAUUCUUCUACGACCAAGAAUGACUGAAAACAACCGAGAGUCUAGGGAUGGAAAAAUUAUUAUGGUGGCCAGAUUAACACGCCCCUCUGGUAUCAGUUGCAGCAUCCACAUGAGUAAACAUAUUUAUAUUCCUGCGUCUGGCGUUGCGACGCUUCACGAUGACGCUUGGCGUCGUGUCUGUUUCAUACUCGUUGGGAGACAUUUAUGUCCUGAGUUAUUGUGUUGUAAUCUUUAAGCGGCUGACGUUAAUCAUUUCUCCUGAGAAUCAAUUAAUGAUUAGAAUCAUUCGAACAUGACGGUAUAUCAGUCUGUAACAAAAAAUGUGUAUUCGUUUCUUCAUUGUUAUUCAUUGAAUUUUUCGCUGUGAAUAAUUUCUUAGGAUACUUUCUCAAGACACCCGAGUCUCCUGUUACGGAUAGGGAGUUGCAAGGAAUUGCCAUGAGUUGCAACCCGUCUCUGUGUAUUAAAGUUUCACUCGAAUCACCCAGCGACCGUUGUUACGUGUACGUCUAACUCAAUAACAACGCGUAAUCCGAUUGUUGCAUAAGAUUGAACGGCUCCUCAGUGGUCUUUCUAAUCAGAAAAAUACAAAAUAACGUCCAGGCAUCUUAUUAAAAAAAAAGAUUUAUAGAUAUAUUUUAAAAAAGUGGCACGAUAUUUCAAAGUAUCAUAAGAUCAAAAGUGGUUGCGCAGAGUAAAAGCGCAAAGCUUCUAUAAAUAUGUGAAAGACUAUAAUUACAUUUCCCCAGUGAAAUUAAAUAUUCAUAUAAAACCUAUCCCUGUCCUUCAAGUAAAUAUCGGAUGGCCCAGUUGCAAAGAUUAAGAGAUUUGAAAAGUUAUGAAAAUAAAUUGAUGCCUUAUAAUUGUA